UGUAUACAUGACUUACUGUUUCCUUUCGCCGAUCUAUACGAUGACCUUUGUUUUACCCGCAACGCUAUUUAGAAGACAGCUUCGUCGCAUUCUAAAUAGCUCUGUAAUGAGUAUGCAGACCUCGGCCAAGCAAGCUCGACCAGAUCAUCUUGAAAGAACAGCCAACAACACAAGGGAAGAUGUGAUUUCCCCUGCCACAGUGACAUCUAUCACACAGCUGUCAGCCACAGUGAAGGGUCUAAAGUUGAAGGUUCAUGACUUGCGACUGAGGUUUAAAGCAGGACAGUGGGUUGAUAUGACUAUCCCAGGCGUGGAUGUGGUUGGUGGAUUUUCAAUGAGUUCCUCACCCCGUCAGCUGUGUGAUAAGGGAAUGAUAGACUUAGCAGUUAAGCACAGCAGUCACCCCCCAGCCGCAUGGGUCCAUGAAAAGUGUAAGACUGGUGAUCAGGUGACAGUACGGACAGGUGGGGAUUUCUAUUACGACCCUCAACCAGGGGAUCUCCCUACCCACCUACUUCUGCUAGCUGGGGGCGUCGGCAUAAAUCCUCUCAUUAGCAUACUGCGUCAUGUGACUGACCUCAACCAAUCAGAUAUGGAAAAACCAGUCCAAGCUAGGCUGUUGUAUUCAGCCAGAUCUGAAGAUGAACUUAUAUAUAAGGAUGCAUUGAUAUCUUUGGAAGAGAACCACAAAAAUGUGAAAUGUCAGUUUUUUGUCACAAAAGAACUGUGUACCCACCCUGUUUUGAAAAGUGGGAGAAUAACAAAAACAGAGAUAGAAGAGGCUGUGAGAGAACUUGGAGCUGAUCAAACUACCUGCUAUAUAUGUGGACCUUUCCCUAUGAUCAAGUCUUUAGAAGGGCAGUUGUUAACGUUAGACGUACCACCUGAAAGAAUACUGUAUGAAAAAUGGUGGUGAGAUGGAGUUGGGAGUGAGCAGGUAGACAAUAAUUCAAGGAAACAAACAGACCGUGGGCAAAGGUAUGCCGUUCAGAUUUGCAGCUGGGUUGUAAAGAAUAUACACUUUUUUUUUACUAAGUAAUUGUUUCCCUGAACAAUGUGUUCGGGUGGUAAGCCGUAGAUUUCACUCUGUCCAUUUGGUGUGUCCGCCCCGGCAAAUUUCGGCGAUCAAAACAAACUACCUCACCAAUCAGACACCAUGGAAUUGUGUUGACCUGUGACAUUUUAUUUGUCACAUGAUUUACCAAGUCAUGACACAACUUACAGAACGACAGAGAAAUUUACCAAGUGUCUGUGCAAGUACGCUGUGAAAUUCGGAGGUGGUAAAGUUUGUCCCUUUGUCCCUGGCUUUAAUGUGACCAAGACUUCACGAACACUGAGAGCAGAAAAAGAGGAAUUUUUUGUGAUUUGUCACUUAUUUGCCUUGUCAAAUGUUGGUGUGGAAUAUAUCUAAGCAUAUUAGAUUUUUGGAACUAUCAAAGAUCAGUAAAUGAAUGAAUUAAUUCAGAGUUUGAAUUAAAGCCACACUGACAAUAUUUGAUCCCUGUUGUGGUGAGGUACAUGUUAAAACAAGGCAAUAACUCUGACUCUUCAACAGGUAGCAUCUAAAAUUGGACCAAAAACGGACCACUUUAAAAGCCAACUAAAACCAAGAAAAACUAACAAAAAAAAAAUGUUUUUAAAUAUGUUAGAAUAUAUAUGUAUAUAAUAUGCAGAGAAACGAUAUCUUAUGAAAUAGGCCAGUAGCCUUUUUUUUAUUAAACGACCACAUUGUCAAUGGCACUUUUAAAUUCUUGAAAUAAUUUAUUUAUUUAUUUAUUUGAUUGGUGUUUUACGCCAUACUCAAGAAUAUUUCACUUAUAUGACGGUGGCCAGCAUUAUGGUGGGUGGCAACUGGGCAGAGCCCGGGGGCAACCCACGACCAUCCGUAGGUUGCUGGCAGACUUGAU